AUGGCCACCAUUUCUCGUCAACCAUUUGCGCCUCUCGACGGAGCGAGACUGCUGAAUCUGACGAGUAUCAAGAAUAGACAGAAUGCCGUUUCUCCUGCUUCGGGUGGAAAGCGCAAAGCCACGGACAUUGUAGACUCGGACGACUUCGAAAAUGUCGACCCUGGCGUCUUCUCCAAGCGAUCGAAAGGCUCCGACAGCUCUUACUCCCCUAAAGAGGCUCACAAGCCUUCCUCCUUCGUACUGACCAAGGCUACGCCCCUCGUCGAAAGCCCUGCCUCAACAUCAACCCGCCCUGCUCUGCCCCGCCCGCGUAGCUUGCUCCAGCCCAAGUCGCCCGCAGCUAGGAUUAACACGGCCGUUGCCAGGUCGUCCCCGCUCUCGGCUCCCGCUGGCCGUUCGCCCACCCGUGGCAAGCGCUCCGGCAUUCUCUCAAACCGUCGCCGAACCGCCGGUCCCUACACCCGUAUCGACCCACCCAUGUUCAACCUGUCAUCCACCGCCUCUGCCCCGUUCAGUCUCGAUGCGGCCCUCAAGGGCACAAUUCCCAGUUAUGCUGCCCGCUCGUCUGUCGCCCCGGCCCCGCGGGCCGCUGCCAAGGAUUUACUGGAGCCCGACCUGAAGGCAUCUUGGUUCUUUGAUAUACACGAGGACACGCCUGAGCAGGAGAUGACCAACAUGCUGCAGCAUGGCACUUGCGUUCUCGACAUCAGUUCUGAUGAUGAGUGCGAACGCAAAGCCAGCAGGGAUCGCGCGGAAGGCCGCGACAAGGAGAAUGUGCCACCUGUCGAUGAUGUUAGCCAGACUUCCGCGCGCCAUUCUGUUCGUCGUGCCGACGAGGACGACAUGAUGUUUGAAAAGGAGAGGACGGCAUUGGGUGAAAUGGAUGCAAGCGCAUUUUACGCCAUCGGCUGUGACGAGUCGUCGGUCAUCAUCAUCCCCGCCGACGAAGACGAGGACGAGGAGACGCCCGCUCAACCCGCGUUGCCUGUGAACAGCAACGUAGCUUCGGAGAUGAAGGCAGGCCCGUCAGUAGUGCCUCUCGAAGAAAAGAACGUUGACGAGCUAAUGGGCAAGUCGGCUGACCCUGCACCCAAAGCGGCGCUGCUGGAGCCUAUAGAAGGGACAGGUGAAACCUUUGAACUGUGGGAGAGUGGAAGCGCGAAAGACGAAACGGAAGUUAUCGUUACGGAGUGCUGA